CUAAUGGUCACUCUCGGUAGAAGCAGGUAAAAGGCGCGGCCAAUCAUAUUUGCGGCAGUUACCUGAGAGCAGCGAGAUUAAAGGACGCUGCUGGCGGCGUCCACUUUAAUCUACACAAACGAAAACAAGAUGGUUGAACAAUCAAGACAGCCGAGUCGUGUCGUCUCCCUCCAGGCUGGACCUGAUGAGGUGGACACUGACACCCUGUUUGACGUGAACCUCAGGAUCAACGACAGGGCUGCACGGGCCUUUGGGCACCAGUUGGCUGCAAUUGGAGACCAGCUGAACCGGGAAUGGGCCAGCAGACAGACGAACUGGCUACCAACUCCUCUCCACAUGCUGAGACCCGCUCAGGCACUGACCAGGACCAUCUAUCGGGAUAUCCACAGUCAGUUAUGGGGCUUCCAGGGCCUGUCUGCGGAAGUGAAGGCCUGGAUAGCGAGCACUGCGCCUGGGCAGGGUAUCCUCAGAGCUGACGCCUGGGUGUCCAAUUUGAAACCAGUAACCUGCACUGGCUGGACCAGAGGAACACUGGUGACUGUGGCACUGGUGGCUGCAGUGACCAUUUUCAGUGCACGAUGGGUGGAAUGGAAAGCCUAAAGGGCCAUAAGCAGGUCUUUUCGGCCAUCAUAUAUUUGACACAAAAUGUUUGCAAAUGAGUGACAAUUAUUGCUAACUGAUUUGUUUCUGCGGUUUACUUUGACUUCUCUUUUUAUACUAUUUUUGUGAGCGGUAUUGAAUUUGACGCUUUAUGACUGGAAACAGGGUUAAAACAUGCACUGUAAACUUUGUCAGGGCAUUUGGAAAUUGUUUAAAUCGGUUUUACAGUGUUGCCCAAAAAGAAGGCAAGCAUAUUGUAGCAGUGACAUGAUGGUUCACGGUUGUAUUAAUGUCAAAAGGCCUAUUUCCCAAGACUGGACUGUUGCUGGCCUGCAGUCUUUUGCAUCCAGAUUUGUUUCUUACUGGUUUAAGAGGCCAACAUUUUUACAAAUGAUAUGUAGCCUGGCUUAAUAUAAAAUAAAGGGAGCUGGACUUUCUGUUUCAGAUUUGAAAGUGCUUUUUCAUGUGAUGCAAAUAAACUUCAAAAUGAUGACA